AUGUCCGCCAGCCAGAGGCCGACAGCCCCCCAGCCCUCUUCUGCUUCUGCCCCAAGAGCGGGACAAUCUACGAACCCUUCGAUCUCUAGACCUCCUCUUUCCGUCCACCCGACAGCAACGAUCUCAGAGACUGCCUAUUUUCAAGGGAAGCACUCGAUCAACAUCGGCGCUGGCACUGUCAUUCAUCCUCGCGCAAAGAUACUGUCUUUUGAGGGGCCAAUAAACCUUGGGGAGGGCUGUAUCAUCGGCGAGAAGGCCGUGAUUGGAGGGCCUCUUCCUGUGGCUUCAUUAACCUCGUCAACAACAUUUGGUACCGAUGUCACAACAAUAGAGAAUUCGGUCCAUAUCGGGCCCCUUGCCACCAUCAACUCGGGAAGCCAUAUCCAUUCCGCUGCUGUCAUCGAAUCUUCUGCUAUAAUUGGAAGACAAGCAAGUAUCGGGAGGCACGCCAAAGUAUGCGCUUUGUGCGAGAUCCCGGAUAACGGAAACGUGGGGGAUUGGAUUGUGGCCUGGGGCGGAGGAGCCGGAGGUAUGGGGACGCAGAAACGGAAGAGAGCCAAUGGGAGGAACGAUGAUGAAAAUACGACUGGCCUAAACGGAAGAGCUGUCGAGGUAGCGAGGUUAGCUGUCUUGAGCAAGGAGAGAGAGACGUUGGCGAAACUGAUCGGGGCUGGAGCAACAGCAACAUCUAGGAGAAGAUGA